AUGGCUGAGGUCGAAGAAACUCUUAAGAAGAAACGUACCUUCAGGAAGUUUACCUUCCGAGGUGUUGAUCUUGAUCAACUUCUGGAUAUGCCUAAUGAACAACUUAUGGAGUUGAUGCAUGCGCGCGCUCGGCGGCGGUUCGCCCGUGGCUUAAAGCGUAAACCAAUGGCACUUGUAAAGAAAUUGCGUCGCGCAAAGAAGGAAGCUCCACCAAAUGAAAAACCUGAAAUUGUGAAAACUCAUUUGCGUAACAUGAUUAUUGUGCCUGAGAUGGUGGGCUCCAUUGUUGGUAUUUACAACGGGAAAACCUUCAAUCAGGUUGAAAUUAAGCCUGAGAUGAUUGGGCAUUACCUCGGAGAGUUCUCGGUCACAUACAAACCUGUGAAGCAUGGUAGGCCUGGUAUUGGUGCCACACACAGUUCCAGGUUCAUUCCUCUCAAGGUCGUCGAGGUCCAGAAAGGGAUACAGUUUACAUGGGCGGAAGACGCGCUAACGGCGUUUCAAAAGGCCGUAGAAGCGGUGUCUACGGCGGACUGGAAAAACUGCUUCGAAAAUUGGUUUAUAUGUAAAAAAACUUUGUAUAGAGGCUGCAGGAGUUCUCAGGAUGCAUCAUUCGAGUUCGUCAGUGAUGAGGCUGUACCUGCCGCGGAAGCAUUCCGCGAGGGGCUUUUUAAGCGCCCUCACAAAGCACGAUCG